AUGGUUCUAUACCACGAUCCGCCAUCCGGCACGAUUGGAACCCAAGAAGAAUCAGAUCGGAAGAAAUCAGAUGGAGGAGAAAGAGAGGGCGCUUGUACCUUUGCUCGAAGGACGACGACGGACUGUAGAGGCGAUGGCCCCAGCACGGCAGGAACCCUAGAAGAACCAGAUCGGGAGAAAUCAGUGCGAGAGAGAAGGCGCUGUACCUUGGUUGAAGAAUGCGUGGUUUGCAGGCCCCAUCCUGCAGCACGACGAUGUGGUUUUGAGGGAGAUGCCCAGGCGCACCAGGACAGAAGCAGAAGAGGCAAGAGACAGGCGAGGCGUGCCCCAACUGCAUCUCCUCUUUCUUCCUGGCGGCGCUGCUGGCACCGCAUCUCGCACCGGCGCCGCCUCGCUCUCGUCGUCGGUACUGGCGGCGGGGAUUUGAUCCGAGAGGAAGAAACGAAGAAGAGGGGCGCACUGGAGAAGGCCGGGGCCUCGACGAAUCCGCGUAUAUUGGACGAAGGGAGAGGGGGGCCACUGGUCAGAUGA